AUGACGAUAUCCCCAUCUUCCGCCAAAGCGCCCCCGCUGGAGCGCCGAUCCUCCACUCUCAAAGACGAGAUUGUCGAUAUCUGGGCCCAAGUUCAAGCUCGGGUCAUCCAGCUGGCUGGUGAUGACUCCAAGAUCCAGACAGAUCUCAGCAUUGAAGAUGUUCUUUCCUAUCUCGAGAAGGCACAAGACAUGUCCUCGAAAAAGGACAGCAGCAUUCGCUCGGCAUUCGAGAGAACUCUGCAGUUUAUUGACACAGUCGGCGGCGUCGUCGCUGGCGGAGCAGGCGAAGCCUUCCCCCCCUCGGAACUCUGCUUCAAUGCCGUGUCUAUGGUCAUUCAAGCCUGGCAAGGCUACCAAGGUAUCUUUGAAUCGCUAGCAACCCUCCUCGAAAAAUGCUCCCAAUACCUUUCAAGACUAGAGUACUACAUUCGUGGCGGUAUCGACGCCAAACUCGCAAAAGUCGCCGUCCAGCAUUUACAACUCUUCGUCGAAAUCUGCGACAGAACAAUCAAACUCCGGCGCUCGAAGCGGCGCAAACUAAUUGUUUUCUCAAAGCUCCUCUUCCUCAACGAUAACGAUAUCGCGGAUCUCUUGGAAAAGAUGAAAAGUCUUGUUGAUGAAGAGGGACGGCUGGUCACCGCACAAACGUUCAAUUUCGCCGCGCAGGCGGCUGUCAGUACGCGGGAGAAUCUGGCAAUCAGCCGUGCGGUGAAUAGUAAGAUUGAUAUGCUGAUUGCAAGUCGGUCGGAUUCACUUAAAGAAAGCGAUAAGAGGAGACGGAAAGAGAGGAUCCUCGACACGCUCGCUUUCGAUGACAACAAACUCGACCAGGAGAAGAAAGAACCAGAUCCAUACUGGCAGAGAAUCUACUACAACUAUCGCAAGUGUGCUGUGCCAGCUACAGGCCAGUGGAUUUUUGAGGAGAACGAGUUUAAGGCUUGGGAAAGAGGGAGUGAUGAUGCACCGCCUAUUUUAGCAAUAGAAGGCCCUGAGGGUUCGGGGAAGAGCUAUCUCUCCUCAACUAUUAUCCGCCGACUACGGAAUCGCAGUUCGGCUACAACAGCAGCUACAGCCGAGCAUCCAGAUUCAGACUCCAGAACACUGUUAGCAUUCUACUUCGUCGAAGGUGACUCGAAAGAAGACCUAAAGCGAACGAACCACAUUGAUGUGAUCACGAAGUCCCUGAUCUGGCAAUUUGUACAGGCCGAUGCGAGUUUUAUGAAAUCUGUCGCGGGAAUCUGUGAAAGGAGUCGCGAUAUGGACCCUCAUGAAAUCGCAUCCAAGUUACUUUUCAAUAACCCGGAUAUAGGGCAGAUGAUCGACGCCAAUUUCUUUAUUGUGAUUGACGGCUUAAAUGAUGUUGUUGGGGACACUCUCGUCUCCUUCCUGGCAGACGCCAUCGCGAGCGCGAACUCUCACCACAAGAUCCGCAUCUUACUGACCGGGCGGCCACGGGCAUUUGAGCAGAUAUCAGCGGCGAAUAAGGAUAUCGGCUUCAAGACUAUCCACAUCAGCGAAAGGAAUCGACCUGAUAUAGACAUGUAUAUCGAGUCGCGGAUGGACAUGAUCGAGGCUUUGCGAAACAAAGAACGCCUUGGUGUAAAGGAUCUCCGCAAGAAAAUCCGCGUUGAGCUGCGUGAUAAGACAAGCGGUGACUACUUUCGUAUUAAUACGAUUUUGAAGCGGAUAAGCCAUCUAGAUUAUGUGAAUGAUAUCGACCAGGUUCUUAAGAACGCGGGAAGGGAACGGUCGCAGCAAAUACAGGCCGAGAUCGAGUCGUUGAACAAAGUGAGGAACGCAAAAGAGAUCGUCGAAAUAAAUGAGAUUAUUCUUUGGAUUCUGUACGGCAGGGAGUGGCUGAAACCUAAGCAGGUGGCUGCGGUGCUGUACGUCCAGAGUGGUGAGCUGUCGCUUUUGACGCUCGAGGCAAAGUUGCAGCUCAAGUAUACGCUUUUUGAAGUUGAUAGUGACGGGGAUGUGGAUUUUCGCUCCUACGAGAUUGUCGACUUGAUUCCUGAGGGAGAUCAGGGCCAGCUUUCAACAGCGGAAAAACACCGUCAAACAACAAAGAGAAUAUUGCCCGAGGAAAUCGAUAUCAUACGCCACUUCCUUCGAACUGUUUGUCCACCAGUCCUCUACGACAAAUUUGACUUUGAGACAGUCUUCGAACACAAACUGCAGCAUACAAGUGGUUACAUCUAUCGCGACGACAAAGUGACAGGAGAGGCCAAACUAGCCGUAACAUGUCUCCGCAUACUCACUGAGGACCGGGACGCAAGGAGAGACACAAUCCGGCCUUACGCAGUGAAUUAUUUCUACCAGCAUAUGGCCGCCGUUGACCUCUCGCUUGUAGAUCGCAAAUACAAACGGGUUGUAGGCCCACUUCUUGCAAGGUUGUUCCUGGAUGGCGCAUCCACUGAUGCACUGCUUUGGACGGAGGAUCCCCAGGCGGCGAGCGAUUUUGCCUGGAUGGCGAGAUCGGCUUGGCUCGAAGGGGAUGGGGCUGUCAGGGAGGUUGUGAGGUGGUUGAAGGAGUCGGUGGCUAUCGCUGAUAUAUCCGAUGGGAAGGAAAGGGCUUGGGUGAGCAAUCUGAUCAGUAGCUCAGAGCCAGAGAAGGAACUGCUUCAGACUUUGGCGAAACGGAUGGUUGUGCAUUGGUUACGAGAGGAGACACCGCACAAGUUAGCUGUGUAUGCGUUUUCCUUCAUUCUUGGUGUAUUAAAGAAGAUAAACCGCACUGACGCAACCCGAAACCCUACUUCAGACACCGAUGCCGACCCAGAAACCGCUGCUCCAACCCUAGAGGACAUCGCCGAGAUUGAAGCGUGGUCGCUCACCCUGCUUGAUUGCAAGAAAGACUCCCUCUGGGAGGUUCAAGUGGCCGUCAUUUUAUACGACUACAACUUCUCUCUCCAAGCAGAACAAAGAUGCCGGCACGCAUUGACCCUAGACCCCACCAACUGGCGAGCAUCAUACUACCUAGCGCACGUAGUACCGUCAAACAGCGAAGCGAUCGACAUCCUGAACGACAUCAUAGCCAGACUUAAGACAGAUGAGAGAUGGAUGUUGAAGCUAAACAACGUCCGGGCGUUCGCAGAGAUGCUAUUUGACCGCGGCCAGCGAUAUUGGGAUGCGGAGCAGUUUGAUCCGGCAAUUGAAUCUUUCACGGAAUCGGUAAAGGUUGAUAAUGCAUGCUUCAAGCGGAUCUUGACUAUCAUUGAGCAAUACUAUGAUAGGCGGCUCUGGAAAGAUAUCUUGGAGCUGCUAAAGACCGUUCAAGCCGGUGCUGUCUCUGACACUAUUACCGGCUCUCGUGAGAGAAAAGGCAACUCUCAUCUGUCCAGGAUGCUCGUCGACCUUGCCUCGGAAGAAGCAUUCCACAGCAUCAUUCUCCAUACAGCCGUCGAAACGGGACAAUUCGAUUUCAUCGAGACCGUCUACGAAGACGCCAUCAAACUCUCAGCCCAAAUGGAGGCUUACACAAGCCUCUUCUACAUUAGGUACCACUACGCAAACGAGAUUUUUCAACAGGACGGAACAGACAGCGAAGAGCGCGCUAUAGUUCUGUGGGAAACGGCGCUGAAAGAAGACCUCCCUCGCUCAUUCCUGGACAUCGACUACGUCCUGCCUAGUUUGACACUGAAACUUGCGCCAACCUAUCUGUCUCGCGCACGAUCUGCCGAGCCGAAUUCAGACUUAGCGCAGGAAUAUUUACACCGUAUAGCCUCAAUCACACCGGACGAAGGCUCGGCGUCGUCAGCGUCAGCGUCCCAAAGCAACCUGAUUCUCCCAGCCAAGCUCUAUCUCGCGCGGUACUACGUCGUCACGGGGAAUAAGGAAAAAGCUAAGCAAAUCGUGCGGAGUGUGGUAAAGCUCGCGUUGGAGAUGCUAUCUGAUGAUGACGCUGAUAAUGAUUAUCUCGCUUAUUGGAGGCUACUGCUUGUGUUUUUGCCACUGGAUGAUGACGCGAAUGCCCUUGCUGCUGUGGCAAUGGCGGCUCUGGCGAGUCGGGCUGCUGCUUUUGCAAAUGUGAAUGCGGGCUCUGGCCCGGGGAUUUCAAUGCCGCUGAUUGACGAGCCGACGAGGACUACGAACGGAAAAGACCAUAACAGCAAGAAAGAACGGAAAGAGCAAAGUCCCCGCAGUCGACCUGCAGUAAACACUGCUAGCCCUAGCAUCAGUCUACAAACAGGCCCUGGGACGCCAGAACCCAGGCGUCCAGGUACACCGAAUAGUUUACCGCGCACGCCCGAGCUUAAACCUGUCUCGCUUGCGGAUUCGCACUCGCACUCACUCUCAGAGCCAGCUUCAGCACCUGCGUCAGCAAAGGGGGACGACGUAGACGACAGUGGUGAAGACCCAUGCUCCGUCCCUGUUUUCGCCAUCUGCGACGGCAGCUGCGGGCGCUACUGGCAAGGUGCGAGUGAGAUGUGGUGGUGCAAGGACUGCAUUAAUUUAACCUUUGACAAGGAGUGUUUUGAGCAGUUGAGGAGUGGGACCCUACCGUUGAAGGUUUGUGAUAGGAGCCAUGCAUUUUUGGAGGUGCCGAAGUAUGAUAGUCAUGGUCCUGAUGGAGAUGAGUAUGGUGUGCCGAAGGGGUUUGUACCGUAUAUGGGGAAGGCUAUUUCGUUAGAAGAGUGGAAGAAGGCAAUUGUAAGGGCUUAUAUAGAGUAG